CCGGCCGGCGGAGCCAUGCGGAGCUGCGGGAGGGCGCGGGGCGCCGCGGGCUGGGCCGCCCCGCUGCUCCUGCUGUGGCAGUGCCUGCCGACGGCGCGGCCCUACAACCUGGACACGCAGCACGCGCUGCUCUUCCGCGGGAGCAACGGGACCUUCUUCGGGUACUCUGUUCUCCUGCACCGCCACGGCGAGGAGCGAUGGCUGGUGGCGGGCGCGCCCCGGGCCAGCUGGCCCGCCAACGAGUCGGUGCUCAGCCCCGGGGACGUAUUCCGGUGCCGGAUCGGGGGGAACUCCAGCGGAGGGUGCGAGCAGCUCCAGCUGGGCCAUCCCAGUGGCGAGCGCUGUGGGAAGACGUGUUUGGAGGAGCGGGAUAAUCAGUGGCUGGGUGUCAGCUUGUCGAGGCAACCAAAGGAGGGCGGAUCUAUCAUUGCUUGUGGACAUAGAUGGAAAAAUGUGUUUUACGUCAAAAAUGAGCACAAACUGCCACAUGGUAUUUGUUUUGCCAUCCCUCCUGAUUUUCGAACUGAGCUGAGCAGAAGAAUAUGCCCAUGCUAUAUAGAUCAUGCACGAAAGUUUGGAGAAAGCCAUGGGUCAUGCCAAGCUGGAAUGUCUAGUUUUUACAUUAAGGAUUUAAUUGUAAUGGGAGCCCCUGGAUCAUUCUAUUGGACUGGUUCUGUUUUUGUAUACAAUACAACUGCAAAUACAAUCCACUAUUACACAGAUUCAAAAAACGAAGUGAAAUAUGGCAGUUAUCUAGGAUAUUCUGUUGGAGCUGGACAUUUUCUAUCACCAUCCAGUACAGAAGUAAUUGGAGGGGCUCCCCAGCAGGAGCAGACUGGUAAAGCAUAUAUUUUUAGCAAUGGGGAGCAACUAAAUAUUCUAUUUGAACUAAGAGGUAAAAAGCUUGGUUCUUACUUUGGAGCUGCAGUUUGUGCUGUGGACCUGAAUUCAGAUGGCUUCUCGGACUUACUAGUUGGUGCUCCAAUGCAAAGUACCAUCAGAGAAGAGGGAAGAGUUUAUGUCUAUAUUAAUUCAGGUUCUGAAGCAAAGAUGGUAGAGCUGAACAUAGAGCUCAGCGGGAGUGACUCAUAUGCAGCAAGGUUUGGAGAGUCCAUAGCCAAUCUAGGAGACAUAGAUAAUGAUGGCUUUGAAGAUGUGGCAAUUGGGGCUCCACAAGAAGAAGAUCAAAAAGGGGCUAUUUAUAUAUACAAUGGCAGGAAAGAUGGAAUAACACCAUCAUUUUCACAGAGAAUACAAGGACAAGAAGUCAGUAAUUCUCUAAGCAUGUUUGGACAAUCCAUAUCAAGUGGCAUUGAUGUAGAUGACAAUGGCUAUCAAGAUGUAGCAGUUGGUGCAUUUUUCUCUGAUUCUGCAGUGGUGCUCAGAACAAAACCAGUGAUAAUUGUUGAAGCUUCUUUAAAACAUUCUAAUUCAAUAAAUCGAACUAAUUUGGACUGCAUGGAAAAUGAGCAGCCUGCCACCUGUAUGAAUUUGAAGUUAUGCUUUACCUAUAGGGGACGAGAGGUACCUGGUUAUAUUGUGCUGCUUUAUAAUCUGAGUGUUGAUGUGAACAGAAAAGAGGAUACACAAGCAAGAUUUUAUUUUUCCUCCAAUGGAACAUAUGAUACAAUCUCAGGAAAAGUAAAGAUUUACAGCAACAUUACUGCCUGCAAAGAUCAUUCAGCAUUUAUGAGGAAAGAUGUAAGGGAUAUCUUGACUCCUGUCCAUGUUGAAGCAAGUUAUCAGCUGGGGCAUCAUAUCCUACAGAAAAGAAAUGUUCAAGAAUUUCCACCUCUUCAGCCUGUUCUUCAACGCAGGAAAGAAAAAGAUGUUAUAAAAAGCAAGUUUAUUUUUGCAAGAUUUUGCUCCCAAGAAAAUUGUUCAGCUGACUUGAGAGUUUCUGGAAAAGUUGUUUUUCCAAAGCCUCAUGAUAAGAAAACGUACCUUGGUGUUGGAAGUAUGAAGACUUUAUUGUUGAACAUUUCUCUGCUUAAUGUUGGAGAUGAUGCAUAUGAAACUCUCCUCCAUGUUCAGAUCCCUAAAGGUCUUUAUUACAUUCGAGUUUUAGAAUUGGAAGAAAAACAGAUACAUUGUGCAGUAUUAGAUAAAGAAAUUAAUGCAGUGACACUUGAGUGCAGUGUUGGCUAUUUAUAUGUGGAUCACAACUCAAAGCUGGAUUAUAGUUUCCUCUUGGAUGCAAGCUCACUAACCAGAGCAGAAGAGGACCUCAACAUCAUCAUUAAUGCUACCUGUAAAAAUGAAGAUGGGAGCAUGUUGCUGGAUAACACGCUGACAUUACCUAUACCUCUAAAAUAUGAGAUUGAGUUAAAUACUCAUGGGUUUGUGUCACCAACUUCAUUUGUUUAUGGAGCAGAAGAGAAAGAUUCACCAGUGACAUGUAUGAAGGAAAAUAUCAACUUCACUUUCCAUGUUAUCAGUGCAGGACCAAGCAUGUCUCCAAAUACCAACUUAGAGAUAAUGAUACCAAAUGCUUUUCCACCCAGGGACUCCAAAUUAUUCAACCCAUUGGAUAUCAAGACAACAGCUGGACACUGCUCCUAUAAUACGUAUCCCAGAGACUGUACUGCAGCAGAAAGAAAUGAAAACAUAUUAAAGGAUGUCAUCACUUUCUUUUCAAAGCCUGCAAAGAGGCACAUGUACUGCAUGAAAAAUGACAGCCUUUGCUUACAAAUACGUUGCAAGCUGGGAAACAUGGAAAGUGGAAAAGAAGCAACUGUUCACUUGCAUCUGGAGGCUACUCCUUUACUUUUACAAAUGGAUGAUGCAUCAGUAUUGAAGUUUGAAGUAAGAGCAACAGUUUGGCUAGAAAAAAAUGAAAAAGUUAUUGAACUACAUAAGGACAAGCAAGUUGCAUAUGUCUAUUUGGAAGGAGUACACCACCAAAAGCCAAAAUACCAUGUUACUGUGCUAAUUAUUUCCCUCGGCUUAAUAGUUGGUGUUACCUUGUUAUUGGUCCUUUCAUUUAUAUUAUGGAAGAUUGGCUUCUUCAAAAGGAAAUACAAACCGGCCCCUCAAGACACAAACAGAAGAGACAGCUGGAGUUUUAAAAGUGGGAACAAAAAUGACUAAGAUGGAAAAUAAACAUUUUAUUUUAAAAUGAAGAAAUUGAAAUUCAGAUUAAUUCACAGGAGAAACAUCAGCAACAAGAAACCUAAGCCUUGAGCUUACUUGCUCUUACAAAACAUGCUUUAUUUCCUUGAACUGUAUGGAGGAUACACCUUACAGUACUGUUCUAAUAUGAAAAUGGUACACCAGUUUGUUCUGAAGUCUCCCAGUAAUAUUUGAAAUGCCACAUUAUAUAUAUAUAUAUAUAUGUAUGUGUGUGUGUGUAUAUAUAUAUAUAUGUGUGUGUAUAUAUAUAUAUAUAUAUAUAUAUAUAGAUAUGUGGUUUCAAACAGACAGAAGGACACUAAAGAUAAAGAGAAGAAGAAUUACUUACCAAAAGCAAGUAUUUGUAGAAAGUAAUAAUUUUUGGCCAAUCCUGGAAAAUAAGAUCUCAAACUCAUUAGCACAAGUUAUUAUAUGAUUUUUAAAGUUUCAAUAAUAUUUUGAUCAGGCAUUCAAGAAGAAAUCCUUUCUCAUCUUUGUGUGGCAUUUUAUGAAGAGUAAAUUGUCUCAAACCCACAGGACUGUAAGUAGAACACACAGACAUAGAAAACAACUCUCAGAAGCUCUGGGCUUAUGCAGGUAACCUUUGGCUUCACAGCCACAGCCACAUCACUGAAGGUACUUAGACACCUAGGCAAGUCAGAACUUGGAAGGCCAAAGGUGAAUUCAGAGCAGGGAAUUGUGUGGGGUAGCCUGGAGAUGCAGCUGUAGAAUGAUUAAUGUAUUGGAGAUUAUUAUUUGUAUUCAUCUAUAACAUGGUACUUGCAAGCAUGAUAGAAUUACUUGUUUCAUCCUUUCCUCAGACAGUGCUGCCAUAAGAUUUUGGACUUCUCCAAUGAAUUAUUUCUAUGUGGGAUUUUUUAAAGCAAGUAUUUAUUUUUAUUUAUUUGAAUAUUUUUCUAUAGUACUUAUUAUAGGAUUUAGUGCUGGCAUUCUUCCAGAAUCUGAAAAAAAAGACAGCAGGCAUCAGCUGACAAAACAGACACAUAUACCCAAAAGACUCCAACUGCCAACCAUAAUGGGCCAAAUCUUAUCUUUAGAUUAAGUACUUUUUCUAAAGUACUUUUUAAGAAAGUCACUUGGAGAGCCAGCUUGGGUUCUUGGAAGGUGUCAGAUAAAUACCAUCCAAACAGGCACCCUCAGCAGCCACUUGGCAGAAAGGCAAAGGACUGAACAGAAACAUGGAUCAAGCCACUGCUGCUACUCCAGAAGUUUCCUCAGCUAGCUAAGUUUGCACUGCCACCUAGCUUUGGUGAAACAGCACAAGCCACAAGGGAAAAAAACCUUCCCCUGCUCCCCAGAACAGCUGGAGAACAUUCAGUUUCUUCAGUAAGUGAAUUUAUUACAGCAGAAGGACAGAGUAAGCCCUGAGGCCGGGCCUUGGAUGUCCUUCUGAACGGCACCAGGAAUGGAAUGUCACCUGUACAAAUGCUUCAGAGCUGCACCAUCCUAUGGGAACUGGCCUGAAACUCAAACCCACAGCAAGUGCCUUCAGCAAGCACUUCUGCUACUAGAGUGCUUGGUGCCAUAAAAGUUAUGCUGCCCACAGAUUCCAAAGGUAUUUGGGACCAUUUUUAACUUUUUUUCACUUCAUUUUAUGCCAAAAAUGUGGAUCACUCCCAAGUAUGUUUUCCUCUAAUACCUAUGGUGCAAGGACAAAUGAAUGUGCAUAUAUUUUUUUAAAAAGUCAAAAUAAAGUAUGUCAAGAAUGAAAUACUUGCAAAUCUGUGUGAAAACUACCAAAAAAUGCUUACCUUCCAAAUGGCUUUUGUGAAUUUUUGCACUUUAACCAAAAAAACCUUUGAACAGAAAUUAGUUUGACAUUACAGCAUACUGUGAAAAAUAUACCUCAAAUACUGGAAGAAGCAUUCUUUUCUUUUUUUGAGUACAAACAAUGCAAGGAAGUGAAACCAAAGCAUUUUAUUUAUCUUUGAAAUAGUUUACAUAAGUCAGUACAUGUGAUAAUGAUGCCUUGGAAAUUGUACACUUUUUAUUCAGGUUUGAUUGUUAACAUGUAUAUGUUGGCUGCCUUUUCUUAGGAUAUGAAGCAAAAUUAUGAAGCUUUUAUAAACCAGGUUGACAAAAAAUGAAUGUACUAUGUCCUGAUGGUGGCAAGAUUAUAAAGUAUUAUUCAAUUGCAUUUUAUUAAAAAAAGCCCAAGCAAGUUAAACAGAUGAAUGUUGUUUGUUCUGCAAAUUCAAUUAUUUUGUUAAAUUUCAUUUAAUAAAUAAGUUAAAUCUACUAAA